AAAAAUUCGAAUGGAGAUCAGAUUCUUAAAGCGGACAUCCUCCCUCAACUUUCGAAUGAUGUAUUGGUAGUUUAAAAACACCGAUCGUUCGCAUUUAUUGACUUAUUGGACGGUCGCAUUUUUAGUGGAUAGUAAACUCGAUCUAUGAACCAGAAGAGUUAAAGGAGAAGUUAAUGAUGGGGAGUGGCAAUGGGAAAUGUUGCGAAAAAGGAGAAGAGGGGGAAGAGACUAAACCGCAUGUCUUGCCAGGAUUUGAACUGAAGUAUGGAGUGAAUGAUGCCCCUCCUUGGUACCUAAGCAUACUUCUAGGAUUCCAGACAUAUCUAAUAAUGUUUGGUGCCACCCUAGCCAUUCCAUUCCUCCUAGCAAAGCACUUGUGCAUCUCAGAUGACUAUGUUGCCCUGAGUGAACUCAUUUCAACCAUUUUCUUCUGCUCUGGGAUAGCUACUCUCCUUCAGACUACAUUUGGAGUCAGCAGGUCUAGUAGGGAAUAUAACAGCAAACACAGAGGGAUUGGUGACCACUGCAGGAAUCAACUUAACAACCGCUGGAUAUGA